AUGUCUUUCUCGUUUUAAAUUUCUUAUUAUUGUAAUUCGAAAAAGAGAAGAGAGAGUGUGUGUGUGUCUCCAACUCUGUUGUGAAUUAUCUAGUCCGAAAUGUCAACUGUGUCACUACCAACUUGCUUCAGCCCUCGAAACGAAGCAUGGCGUCUGUCUCUAUUGCCCAGAAACGCUGCGUUUUGGUCCCACCAGCAGAUGAUGAUGAUGAUAAAGAAGAAGAAGAAGAAGAUAACGUCUUGGUCCAUUUCAGCUCAGGCCUUACCUUUCGACCUUUCCCCUCCUCCCAUCGACCAUGACUUCCUCGACACUGUCAAAAGUGCUGGCGCUGAGGUUUCUGGGGAAGGGAUCAUUGAGACAUUUCAUAAUGAUGAUGAAGCACUGGAUGCUGUGGACAAUGGGGUUGUGGUUGUGGAUCUCUCACACUUUGGCCGGAUAAGAGUCGGUGGAGAAGAUCGCAUUCAUUUCCUUCACAACCAGAGUACGGCAAACUUUGAAUGUCUACAGGCAGGGCAAGGAUGUGACACUGCUUUUGUAACACCAACAGCCCGAACAAUAGAUAUUGCACAAGCAUGGAUCAUGAAAAAUGCAAUAACAUUAGUGGUUUCACCAGAGACUUGUAGGACCAUUACUGAAAUGCUGAACAAGUACAUUUUUUUUGCUGAUAAGGUUGAGGUUCAAGACAUUACUAAGAAAACCAGCUUAUUUGUUCUGGUGGGACCCAAAAGUGGCCAAGUGAUGGAGAACUUGAACCUUGGUGAUCUUGUUGGAAAAUCAUAUGGAACACAUCAACAUUUUACCGUUGAUAAGCAGCCUGUAACUAUAGGGGUUGGAAAUAUCCUUUCUGAAGGUGGUUUUUCAUUUUUGAUGUCUCCAGCGGCUGCUCCAUCUGUCUGGAAAGCUAUUCUUACUCAAGGGGCUAUCCCUAUGGGUUCUAAUGCAUGGAAUAAAUUACGGGUUAUUCAAGGAAGGCCUGCUCCUGGAAUGGAGCUUACAAAAGAAUUCAAUGUCCUGGAGGCUUGUCUAUGGAACUCAAUUUCUCUAAAUAAGGGUUGUUACAAAGGACAGGAAACUAUAUCUAGGCUCAUAACAUAUGAUGGAGUCAAGCAGAGGUUAUGGGGAUUUCAUCUUUCUGCAGCCGCAGAACCUGGCAGCAUUAUUACAGUUGAUGGGAAAAAGGUUGGAAAGCUUACUAGUUACGCGUCUGGAAGGAAGCAAUCUGAACACUUUGGAUUAGGCUACAUUAAGAGGCAAGCUGCUUCAGAAGGAGACACUGUAAUUGUUGGAGACAACAUCAAUGGAACAGUGGUGGAAGUUCCUUUUCUUUCUCAGCAGCGCCCACCAUCUGGUAGUUCAACUUCUUGACACAUCUACUUGACCGGGGCUAACUUACCAGCCUUAGAUGUCACCCACAAAGGUCCUAAAUAGUUCCUCUUCAAUGUGAAAUUCUUAUGUAAUUCCGGUGGGUGGAAAAUUCUUGUGUAAAACAUGUAUAACCAUAUAAUAAUUUGACGCAUGCAUUGCAUAACCAUAUACUAUAGGCUAUUGAAUUAGCUUUAAAAUAUUAUUGUAUAAGUUUUAAAAUCAAA